AUGGCGAAUCGUAGAGGAAAAGAUUUGAUUCAUAGCGACGGGGGAGAUCCUGCGGAAUCGGAUGUCAAUUUCGAAGAUUCUUCGUCCGUGAAAUCAGAUGGUGGAAUCGCUGAGAAUAGCUCUUCGCCGGGAGAUGACGGCGGUUCGAGGAGUGAGGUUGGACUUACGGAGCGGUUGACGGAUAUUAUUGUUGAAGAAGGCGACGGCGAUCUGUUGAUUCAGCAAACUAACUGUGAAGACCGGUUGAUGGAGUGGCUGCAAGCUCUUGAUUUGCAAGUUAUGGGAGCGUGUCGAGCUGACGAGCGGUUGAAGCCUUUGUUGAAGAUGAAUACUGUCUCUGGCGUUUCUGAAGAUCCGUUAUUGGCUCAAUUGAUUCAGCAUUUUGAGCCAUCGGAGGUUGGUAUGUUGGCUAGAUGCUUUUGCUUGCCUCUUGUUUCCAUCCGCGUUGGGAAGAUCAACAAGGAAGGCACUCGCUUAUGUCCUACUGCUAAUAGGGGUAACUUGACACUUGUUCUACUACCAAGCUCUGAUCUUCGUCUCUCAUUCAUUGGGGAUGAUGGUAAAACCGAGAGAUUAUUCACUCUUUCUAGCAGAUCCCAAUGCUCUGCUGUUGUGGUUGAGGGAAUCCUAACUGACAGCUCUGGCCGAUCCUUCCAUGUUACUACUCCUGAUGACAAAUCUUUUUUCUUCUGGUGCUCUGAAAAGUCUAAACUGCUAGGAGUUGAAUUACUUGCAAAGAUGAAGGAUUUACUCAAGAGGAAACCAUCAAUUGCUGAAUUGAGUGGUAUUAGUAAGUCACGGCUUGAUUGUUUUGCAACUCAGCUUCGUGCUUUUCUUGUGGGGUCAACUGCAGGAGGUAGUCAUGAUGGUUCAGCCUGUGCUUCAAUGUCUGCCAAUUCCAUGACAUACUGUGAUGUUGUAUUUGAAAAUUCACACUCUUCAUCAAAAUUUCCUCGAUCUCGACAAAUUGUACAGACAACAAAGGGAGAUUCAGUGGUUUACCAGAGUAUUCUUAGUCCAAGGUCAAGUUCUUUUAAAGAGGCUCCCUCAAGAAACUUGGCUUCCCAUAGGAUUGCUGCAAGGGAGAAGAUUAAGCGCCGCGGUGACAAUCAUCAGCCAGCAGCUGACAACUUGGAAUUAUCAUCAACUUCUGAUCACGACAAAGCUUCGGAAGUAACUAUAACUCAUGCAUUCUCUCCAAAUUUUAUGGGAUCAGCAGGAAUGUUUAGUGUUCCAUCAAGCCUUGGAGCAGGUGGGGAAGUUCUCCCACCUGUGGUGUCCCCUCUUUUUUCUCCCUACUAUUGUUGGUGCCCACCUGGGAUUUCUUCUACCUUUCCAUCCAUUGCAGCACUUCCACAAUCUCCCAUGUCAUUUGCUGGAUCACAGCCUCAUGCCUCAGGGACCCCUCUACUACCCAACACCCUCGCUGCAAGCCUGUUUCAACCAAUACAGCCUCUCAAUCUUGGUACUUCAAUGGACUUUCCUCCAUUUUUUCCUGAACCACUAGUCAGAAUGUCUUUACCAACUUCUCAACAGAUUCCCAUUUUCACACCACUAAUGUGUGAUCCAAUUGUGCAUGUCCCAGUAAUUGAUAUCUGUUCUUCGGGGCAGGGCUAUCUUGUGAGUGCUGGUCCUGCAAUGUCAACUAGUAUUCCACCAAUGCAUCCAAAACUUGUGAACCCACUAAUUUCUGAAUCUGAUGCUGUGGUGAAAGGUGCAAGAGAGACACUAAGGUUGCUGAUUAGUGGAUCAAGCCAGGGUAACCAACAACAGGUUAUGAUGAACCCUUUACCAGUAAUUUUGACCAAUCUGGAUGAAAAACAAAACAAUGUACUUGUUGCUGGCAGCCGAGGUCUUUAUACAGGAACACGAGAUAUAAAUGUUAUUGCAAACAGCAUUGCUGCUAUGGGAUUAGUAUCAUUAUCUGGUGUAUCUUCCAACGGAGACAAUGAAGGUGAUUCAGAGGUAUGUGGCAACUUUGGGAUUUUGGAAGCAAUGAAGAAAUCAAAUGAUGCAGGUGGUGCCUUUUCGGACGAGGGCGGACCACCCUCUUUGGAUUCCAAGUAG